AUGAUGGAGCACUCUUCGAAGGCAACCAAUUCAAAUAAGUUUACACUUGGAGAGACUAGAGUCAUUCAUGAUGGAAGAUUCAUUAGUUUCUGUGAGACUGAUAUCACUAAUUCUGAAGGUAUCAAGUCAACCUGGGAACAUAUCUCCAGAAAGAGUAAUAGAGUUGAAGAUCCUCUAAACAUUCAGAAGAAUUAUGGCGGUGCUGAUGUCAUUGCUAUUGCUACUCAGACUGAAGAUGGAGACCAAAAUAUUGUCAAAACAGGGGAGAAAAUGGUCCUUGCUAUUAUUAUAUAUCGUGUUCCGAUUAUGAACAGUGUUAUUUCUUUACCAGCAGGCGUAAAAGAUCCUGAAGAUGAUAAUCCUUUGGAUACUGCUGUUAGAGAAUUAAAAGAGGAAACAGGCUUUACAGGUGAAAAUGGCAGAUCAACUUACACUUGUAGAUGAGAUCCAUGGAAAAGUGAUGAUAGAGGCACUCUAGUCUUCUUUGAUGUAGAUCUUACAAAGGAAGAGAAUAAAAAUCCAAAGCAAGAACUUGAGAUGGCAGAGGAUAUUAGACCCAUUUGGAUCAAACUUGAUGGGCUAAAACAAAACCUCGAAGAUUUGGCUCACAAAAAUGACUAUGAAAUCGACCAGAGGUUGUACAGUUUUGCAAUGGGACUUGAUUAUGCUCAACAUUCACAAAUUUAAGACUCAUAAGCAUACAAAGAGUGCUAGCAUUCAUCCAGGCCAAAAUGCUGCUU